AUGUCCUCAAUCCGCCAACUAUCCGCCUUCCUCGCUCUCGCAGCCUUCGCUGCUGCAGCGCCUCGCAUGCACAAGCGCGAGGCGCUCCCAGACUACGCCAUCACCUACGCGCCCCUGUCGUACCUCUACAGCGGCGAGAAAUGGUUCCCAUCCGACAUCACAGUACACCUGGCCAAUGUGCAACCCGAGGUUGACUUCAAUGCUACCGGGACAAACGGCUCGGUGACGCUCGACACGCUUGAUACGCUUUCGUCGGACGUCUACCUGACUGCCUCCGAUGGCCCUAUCCUGAACCCCCUGGACGGCACUCCUGACUGGCUCACUUCGGAAUACGGAAUCCCCAGCAGUGACGGCCUCAGUGCCGCUCCGGGUCUUAUCAUUGCUGCUGAGAAGAAUAGCACUACUACUGAUGUGUUCUACUUCUAUUUCUACUCCUACAACUAUGGUGGAGGCGUUCUUGACAUCAAUUUUGACGACCACGUCGGUGACUGGGAGCAUGUCAUGAUCCGGUUCGUCAACGAAGAACCAUACGCCAUCUACCUCUCCGAGCACAGCGGCGGCUCUGCUUACUACUGGGACGUGGUGGACUUCUCGGGCGAGCGUCCCAUCACUUACAUCGCGUACGGCGGACAUGCCAACUACGUGACGGCGGGCAGUCAGAACUACACCAUCGCGCUGGGUCUCAUCUCUGACACCACCGAUGCCGGGUAUCUGUGGGAUAUGACGUUGAACUACCGGGGCUACUGGUACGAUACGGAGACUGGCACUUUUACCGUCGCGCCUGGCGCAGGAACGGGAGCCAGUGAGGAAGAGAGCGAGACGGCUGACUGGCUAAACUGGCUGGGCUAUUGGGGCGAUGAGCAGUAUCCCGACGGGCUGCUUGACGAUAUCGAGACCGGCCAGUACUGCAUCGUGGGAGAGUGCCACUACACUGGGGGGCCAACGGGGCCUGCGGACAAGAACCUCAACCGCACGACCAUGUGCGAGAGCACGUCCAAAUCCUGUCCUGUAUAUGAUAACAUUAACGACCUAACGACUCUAUCGUAG